CCGCGUCACCAACACCUCUCCUCUCGAUCUGGCGAUACAUCUUGACUCCUCUCAUCAACUCUCCUCGACUCUCAUCACAUCCCAUCCAUCUCGCUUCAUCUCACUCAUCUCCCCCCUCAACGCGCACAACGACACCCAUCGAUAUGAGCAACACACCACCCCCCGCCAUCCGCCCAGUCCUCCGCAUGAGUGACGACGCGGCGAGCUCCAAUACUGCCCUUCCGCACAUCAAGCUGGCCGACGCCCCACCACACUCUGCCAGCUCGUCCUCCUUCUCGCCCACCUCACCCAACCCGCCCGCCGGCAUUCUUAGCACGACGCACACACCCCGCACCUCCAUAUCGGGGCCACCGGGCUCGUCCGGGUGGAGCAGCGGCGCCGGCUUUCCGCGCACCCACACGGGCAGCACAAGCAUCGACGGCGGCAAGUACCGCAAGAAAGUGGCGUUUGAAACCUUUGACGACCUUCCGGACACACUGUUCACGUUUACCGCUCAGGCCAAGAGCGAAGGUUACAAGCGCUCCCGCAACACUCGCGUAUUCCUCGUGGCAGUGAGCCCCGACGAGUCCGGCGAGGACGCACUCGACUGGCUUAUGAGCGAGCUCGUCGAGGAUGGCGACGAGGUGAUUGCUAUGCGCGUCAAGGACAUGUCCGAAUCAGAACGCCACACCGAGAGCGCGCACGAGGAGCUGCGUGAUGAAGCGCAAACCCUUCUCCAAACGGUGUUGCACAAGAACGACGAGGAGUUUGGGCGUAAGAUCUCCGCUAUUGUUGAGAUCGUCGUCGGGCCCGUCCCCGACAUGAUACUCAAGAUGAUCGCGCUUUACCGCCCCGAUUCCCUCAUCGUGGGAACCAAGGGCCAGCGCUCGCGGCUUGCCAACUGGUCUAAGGCUUUCGCAGCUCCCGGCAUGGGCAGCAUAUCGCGCUUUGCCGUUUCACAUUCGCCCAUCCCCGUCGUUGUCGUGCGCCCCGAGCGCAAGGUCAAGAAGACAUUGGAUAAGCGUGAGGCUGCUGGAAAGAGAGGACAGUAUGCGUCGCUUGUUGGCGACGGUGACCUCGUGCUCUCUCGCAGUCGUAGUCGUGAGCGCUCGCGCUCCCGUGACCGUCGCUCCGUUGAUUUCGGGCGCGCCAUCUCUCGUGACCACUAGUUCGUUGUACUUUAAUGUUG